AACUAAAAGAUCACAAUAUAGAUAUUGAAAUCGUAAUGUCGGUCCACAAUACAUUGCAUCCACCCUGUCUUGCACCGAACCAAACCUUAAAUGGCUUCAUGGUGCACAAAGUGUUCAAAGAUAAACCAAUUUAUGUCAGGCCAUCAGUACAAAUAUUGGAACCAUUAAGCAACAGAAUCAACAAACCUGAACAUUUGAAUGAUCAAGAGGACCUGUGUAUUGUGCAGGAUGACUCAAGUGAUGAUGAGUUUCUAAGAUCUGCGUUUACUAAUGAACCUCCUUGCAUGUCUUCAUAUCAACAUCCUGGAGUUGAGGAACACAGUGAAAUGGAAGUGACUAAUAAUCCACCUGCUCUCCAUGAAACCUCUUUGCCAUCUGUUGGUACUAUUUCAGACUGUUCUCACAACAAUGGAAAUGUUCAGAAUGAAGUUCAACCAGAAGAUCCAAAUUCUGUUGAUAUGUCCAAUAUUUCUGCUGUUGAAACUUCAUCAGAAGUGCUUCUGGAAAAUGAAAAUCUGUCAACCCUUUUGGAAAGUGAAAAUCUACCAACUAGUAACAUUGUGAUACACCGAUCAAAUCUUAAGCAUAACAUGAUUGAUGCAUUUUGUGAUGAAGAAAUUUUAAAUUCAAUAGUUAUAGUUAAAGUUAUUCAUGAGAGAGGGCAAAUGGAGAAAGGUGAAGGGCGUGGAGUAUUUAGAGAUAUACUUACAGGGUUUUGGCAGGAAUUCUUUGUAUCUGCUACAGUCGGUGCCAAUGAAAAAAUCCCAGCUAUCCGGCAUGAUUAUCAGAGUGAGCAAUGGAAAGCUAUUGCAAGAGUGUUUGUGUAUGGUUUUCUCAAGAAAGCAUUUCUUUUGGAAUCUUUUAAGGCAUUUUUGUCAGUCAGUGAGCAAGAAAUAGUUAAUGAAGUAGUUAGUGGGAAUAUGAGCCCCCUUGAUGAUGAUGUUAUGGAAUUCUUAAGUAGCUAUCAAUGUUUUACCACUCCCAGUGAAAACAAUAUUGAAAAUAUUAUUUCGCAGUUAGCUCAUAAGAGAUCAUCCAAAAGCCCUGUUAUAUUGCAAACUGCUGGACCCCAAUCUUAUCCUUGCUAA